AUGAGGAUGACGUCAGGGAUUGAUGUUGGGGGAAUGUACGUCGCUACGAGGCAUGUAAAUUUCGUCUGGGCGAAAUUGUUCUUCCCUAAUUAUUCCUCCCCACAUUUGACGUGGACAUUCCUCUGCGAAUGUUCUUCUAGCAAAGAGCGUGGAACGAAGGUUUAUGACUUGGUCAUCGGUAGACACGAGCUGCGACCGUUCGAUCGAGCGAGCGACGCAAAGGAUUUGACUGGGUUCCUCAAGAUUGAAGUUCCAGCUGCUGAUGCAUGGUUUAAGGAGGACGAGCCAAUUUACGUCUGUCCCUAG